UAAUAAUAAUACAAUCGAUCCGAAUUAGCGUCUAGCGUUGUGCAUCGGAGUAUCCAGUGAGUGAGGAUAUCAAGCAGUAAAUUGGGAAAACAAAAACAGCGAGACCAUGGGACUGUUCGGGAGUAACGUUGUGGCCUUCAAGGGUCAGAAUUACGAUCAGUUACGGAAGAGUGCCCAGAGCAGUGGGUCACCCUUCGAGGACCCGGAAUUCCCCGCCUCAGACGCAUCCCUCUUUCACAAGAGAACAUCGCCAGGGAGGAUUGAAUGGAAGCGACCUGGAGAAUUAACAGAAAAUCCCCAUCUUGUGGUCGAUGGUACCAAGAGCGGGGAUGUGUCUCAAGGUCAGCUUGGAAACUGCUGGUUUGUUGCUGCUACGGCCAAUCUAGCACAGGAGAAGGAACUCUGGGAAAAGGUUGUUCCCAAUGCUAAAGAUCAAGACUGGGACGAAGAUAACAAGGAAAAGUAUGCCGGCAUCUUCCACUUCAGGUUCUGGCGUUUCGGAAAGUGGAAUGAUGUGGUGAUCGAUGACAGACUCCCCACACAUGGCAACAAACUCAUCUACACACAUUCCGAAGAGGGCAAUGAGUUCUGGAGCGCUCUCCUUGAGAAGGCCUAUGCCAAGAUCUCUGGUUGCUAUGAGAACCUGGAUGGUGGCAACACGGCCGACGCCCUGGUGGACUUCACCGGGGGCGUGGCCGAGCAGAUCAACCUUGCCGAUGCCGAUUUCCAAGCAGACGCAGAGAAGAAGAAGGAACUCCAUGCCCAGAUGAAGAAAUACAGCGAGAGAAGGUUCCUUAUGAGUGCAUCUAUCAAGGUUACCAAUGCUGAAGAAAUGGAAGCCAGGACUGACGUAGGACUGGUCAAAGGCCACGCCUACGGAGUGACUGCAGUGAAGACAGUCAAGCUUGGAAGCUCUUCUUUCUUCAAGAAGGAGAAGGAGUACCUGGUGAGGUUGAGGAACCCAUGGGGAGAGAAGGAAUGGAAUGGACCCUGGAGUGAUGGAUCUGCAGAAUGGCAAAAUGUUAGUGAAAGCCAGCGAAAGAGCUUAGGAAUCGUGAAUGACGAUGACGGAGAGUUCUGGAUGCCGUUUGAAAUGUUCAUCCAACACUUCACAACCCUGGUCAUCUGUAGGAUGCCCAACAAGGCAUACCUUAGCCUUCACCGCACCUGGCAUGAGAGCAUGUACAUUAGCGAAUGGAAGUACAACUCUAAUGCGGUUCUGAACCGGGCCGGCGGGUGCAUCAACAACAAAGAAACAUUCCUCCAGAACCCACAGUUCUUAGUGUGUGUAGAUGAUGACAAGGAUGACAUCAUCAUUUCUCUCAGCCAACCAGACACCAGGGCGGAUCAGAGCGAGGAAGCAAAGACUAUCGGGUUCUUUGUUAUGGAGGUUGAAAGCAACAGGAAAUACCGUGCACACCUAGUCAGGCCCAAAGCCUUCAUGUCAGCAUUCAUCAACUCAAGGAGUGUCUUCGCCAAGUCAACUCUUCUCAGAGGGCGCUAUAUCGUUGUGCCGACGACCUUUGAACCCAAGAUCGAUUCUCCCCUAAUGAUCAGGGUGUUCUCCGACAGCGGCGGUGAUGUCAAGGAGCUUAGGAAAGACCAUCCUGAACCUGGGACCUUUGACUGCUUCCAAGGAGGUAACAUCAGGGUCGUGUCACAGAUCAAUGUACUUUCUGCCAGCAACCUUCCCAAGCAAGAUCGUUUUGGAGGAGGAGCCGACCCUUACGUGUAUAUCAAGUGCGAAGGAAAGACGGCCAAGUCGAGAGUACAGAAGGAUACGCUGAACCCAGAAUGGAACUACAGUGCUAUCUUCUACAGGAGAAAACCAGCGCAACCUAUUGUUGUAGAGAUUUGGAACCACAAUGUUGUGAAAGACCAGUUCAUGGGGCAAGCCAUCUUCAUGGCCCAGGCCAAGGGCCAAGCCGAGUCUAAUGUCGCCGUUCUCAAGAAGAGUGGAAGAGACUCUGAAGAUGCCGCCGGAGGCCAGCUUAGUGUUGUCAUCACCACCACCGAAGACUUGAGGGCAUUGUAAGAGGGCAGAGAAGAUCGGAUCCGAUUGACUGAAAAGGGGGUUAGGUUCUUGUGUUGCUGGUUGUGGUGCAGAAGACAUUUUGACAUGUUUACGUUUUAGAUUGCUUUGAAGAAAGGUUUCUUCUAUCUCCCUCUCUUUGUCUAACCCUUUUGUCCUCUUUCUCUAUCACAUGCUCCCCUUUUCUGUGUCAGUCUUUCUUUCCCUCUUUCUUUCAAUCAAUCUCCUGGAGUCGACUCUGUCUUUGUUAUACUCUUGUCAUUGUAAGAGGGCAGAGAAGAUCGGAUCCGAUUGACUGAAAAGGGGGUUAGGUUCUUGUGUUGCUGGUUGUGGUGCAGAAGACAUUUUGACGUGUUUACAUUUUUCAUUGCCUUGAAGAAGUGUUUCUUCUAUCUCUCUCUCUUUGUCUAACUUUCUCUUUCUCUCUUCCUGUCUUUCACCUUCUCCCCCUUUUUGUGUCAGUCUCUCUUUCCCUCUUUCUUUCAAUCUAUCUCUCGGAGUCGACUCUGUCUUUGUUAUACUCUUGUCAUUUCUCUUAUUCUUUGUUUGUCCUAUCUCAUUUUCUAUGUUCUUUGUCUUAUUUUUCUCUUACUCUUUCUUUCUCCUCUUUUUCUUUUAUUCUUCUGUUUGUAGGUGACAAUGUUUCUCUGUACCUUAUUGGCACUCCAUCUAAACAUUACUUUCAAAUGGUUAUUGAUUAACUCAUAUCAAUAGGGCGAUGGGAGUAGCCAUCCAUCUUUUUUUGUUGAUAAAGGUAUCACAUGCCCUUAUUGCAAUACUUAUUCAUUGACAUUGUCCUAGUUUCUCUCAUUUUCCACAAUUCUUUCUAUAAUUCCUUCUCUUAUUCCUCCUUUCUCAGUUCCAAAAUAAGGGAGUUUAAAAUAAAAAAUCUUAUGGGCCAACUUUCUUGAAUAUAGAUUGUGCUUGACGAUUCCUAGACUUUAUGAAGAAUGGUUAAGAUUUAAGAUGUUUUUUAAAUAUUAUUUUGAAUUCUGGAUAUGCAGAUCAUGAUAGCUGGUUUUGUUUGCUUCCAUGCACGGUUCCAUUCAUUUACAUGGAUUGUAGUGAUAUUUUUUUUAGUAUGUAAAUAGUAUCCAUGCCGUAUCUUGAACUAUUUUUGAAUAUGUAGAUUUAUGCAAUUGCAUAGAAAAAAACAAGGUUUUAUAGAGGAGUCAUCAUUGCAAUUGAUAUCCAUGUAAAGAUGGUACAAAUUUGCCCACAGGUUUUUGUCCUUAUCCUAAAGAUAUACGUGACCAACAAGAUUUCUUUUAAAUUCCACUUUUCCAAAUAUUGAUUCCCUGUCUCUUUGGCAUUUUUUCUGUGGCAUUUGUCUGUGCCAAUCACCAUUAAUGGUGGGAAAUUGUAAAGAAUUCACUUGCUUUUAAGGGACAAAAAUGCCUUGGUAGGUUAUAGCCUAUGCCACAGUCCCAUUAUGCAAAACUGACUCUUGACCGAUCAAAGCUUUUGCAUUAUAUUUAAUGGCAUAUCAUUAGUCGGUUUGGAGUCAGUUUUGCAAGUGUGGCUGCAGCAUUGACAGUUUCUGUCAUAACUGUUAACACUGUUGAAUAGGACCAUGUUUGUUGUGACGUGAUCCGUGAAAGUGAUCUCUUGCCUAUAAGUGAUUGGAAUGAAUUUGAAAGCUGUCAUAUUUUUAUUAACGAUAAAACCGUGAAACAAUUUAGAGCGUCAUUCAUGUGCAUUACUUCCAUUUCUAUAUCUUCAGGGAUUUAUUACAGUGUAAAUGCAAUUGAUAAAUGUCUUAUUUGCUGGAAAUUCUUCUUUUUUUUAUCUGAAAAAAUACAUUCAUCUCUUGACCAUAUAUACAGCAUUCCAUGUUUGCAGUGUACUUUAAUCAUGCCAAGAAUACUGAUUGAAAUUGAAAGUCCCAAAUUUGUGGGUUUCCGGGGGGGGGGGGGGGGGGCAGGGGGUAAUAUGAAUUGUUCAGCAAAUUGGAAUGAAUAGAAAGCAACUUGCGAAGGGUCUUAUAAUAACGAUCGUAAAUUUAAGUAUUAUAAAUGGUGGUAAUCAUGAUGAUAGUAAUGAUGUUAAAAAUAAUGAAAUAAUGAAAAUACUGAUUUCAUAUCAUGAAAAAAAUGGGAAGGAGGAUGUUAGUGUGCUUUGUAUGUAAUAAGAACAUUAAAAAUCGACUAAAUUGAUAAUAAAUCAGAGAGAGAGUGAAAAGGGCUUUUAAACUUGACCAUACAUUUAAUGUAAUAUUUUGCUUCACAUGUAAUAUUAGAAGAUUCAUUUUGCUAUAACUUUAUAAUAUUUCUAAAAGGAUUUUUCUUCUUCUUUUGGGCGAUGCUUUGGAGAAUAAGUUUUAUUAAAUAUUGUAUAAGAACUUCAAUUUCUUUUUGACACGCCAGUAGGUUUAGCAACUGCACAUUUUAUUGUACUUGUACAUCUCAAUACUUUUACUUAUUUGAUUCAUAUCUAUAUAUAUUUAGCAUUAUAUGCAUGUAGAAUAUUUGUAUCACUAGAUCCAUAUAUCUUUGUAUAUUUUAUAUGUAUUUUUGGUGAAGAUGAAAGGAAGGGAGGAAGAAUGAAAUAGAUAUUUUAUAGUUACAUGUAGGUAAUGUUGUUGUAAUGAGGUAGAGUUUAUGUAUGCAAUUUUAAAAUUUGACAAGCAACUACACAAGCUAUGAGAUUGCUGACUACUGACAAAGAUCCUACAUAAUAACAAAAAAGGAACAAAAAUGGACAAUAUAAGAAGCAAUUCUAUCAAAUUUAUCAACAUUUCAGCAGAGGAUUGUCAGUUUACAGGAAAAAAUCAAUACUCAUUUUCUUGUAAGUGCUUCUUACAUGUAUAAACACAUAUUCUAUUUCUGGUAUUUAUGUUACAAAUCCUAUGCUUUUGUGAGAAAGGCUAAAAUGAUUGUUAUAUUCAAUUGUAUUAUUUGUUUUAACCAUAUGCGUUUGCACAUGUAUGUUAAAGGAGACAUGUAUUUCAAAACAACGAAUUGGUGAGUCUAGGAUGUAAUUGAUAGCUAGAGGAAUGAAAUGUUGAUGUUUUUUUUUAUUACCAUUUUUCAAAGUAUUAUACUGCACUUUUAAAGAUAUGUAUGCCCUAUAAUUUUAUUUAUAUCUUUAAUACUUAUUGUGUUUGUAUUCAUUUGAUAAAUAUUCACAUGGUAUAGGUACAUUUAGGUGGAGAUUUUUAAAAGAGAAAUUUAACAAACUUGUCUACUUAUAUAUUUUUUCUUGAUUAAAAAAAUAUUUGUUUGCCAGCCUUCAAACUGAGAUGCAGAAGAUUGAAUGUUCUGAAAAUUUUUGAAAUCAUUUUUCAUAAUCUACUUACUUUGUUUGAGAAGACAGAUUUCUCUGCCUAUUGUAAUGUCUAUGACACCUUGUUUUAUAUUUCUUUUAUACUGCAGCAUUUGCAACUUGAAGGUUAACUUUUCAGCUAUACAUUGAACUCAUUGGAAUACAUUUUAAAAUGAUUACUUUUGAUAUCCGGGAAAUAUCCUGUGGUUCCAUUUUACAUUAUUUAGGGCAACGGCAGAUACAUGUAGUAUUGGUAAAAUGUAAAUUAAGUUCAAGCAUGUAAUGUAAUAGCUGUUGAUGUGAGUUUCAUUUUUUUUCUUCAUCAAUUUAACUGCAAUAGUCCUGUAACGCAAAGGUUAGCAAUGAAUCGUACUUUUGAUUUUCACGAUUGAUAGUACAUUGUAGUCAAUGGAUUCAUUCAUUUAAGAAAUGUCCUACGAUGAUUGCCAAAUUUUGUGUUACAGGCCCCUAAUGAUAGUAUUUCACUCUUUUUUAGUAAGAAAAAAAAUAAACAUCUAGAUAUUUCUCAUGCACUAUGGAUUAAAAGUUAAGGGAUUAAAUUGAAAUACAAAAAUGCACUUGUCUCUGUUUUGCUAUGACAGUUAGGGGUAUAUUUCUUUAAAUUCAGUUCUACGCACUGUAGAGGGGUGUGUCGUCAUUAUAAAUUCUUGUAAACUCUAUAUCUUGUGAAACAAACAUAUAUUUUUAAUGAAAUUAUAGUAAUAUGUAUAUAAAUUGUAAUGUAAAGUAUGAAUUUAAUCCAAUGUGUUUUCAAUUGUGGGAACAGUUUUUUUAUUGUCAUCCUUUGUGUUAUUAAUGUAUGUAUCAUGUUUAGUUAUGUUAUAUGUACUAUUGUUUGGGGUAGUUUAUUUAUUUUCAGGUGUUUCAGUUACUUUGGGUACUAAGCAUUUGUUGUUUACUUGAAAAAAAAAUAUUCAUUCCUUUUUGUCAGAUUAUUGCUUAAAGAAAAUUAAAUAUGUAAUGAAGUAUUCAAUGUCAUUCAGAAAGUCAGUAUAAUGGGUUUAAGAAAUGCUUUAUCUUUCCAGUUAGAAGAUUAUGCUGCAGUUGAAAUGCAUACCUAUAUCCUUUGAUUUAAUACUAUGGCGAUGCCCGUUGAAAGGGAAUUUCAGAACAAAAUUUCUUCAGGUUUGAGACAAAAUUUUGGAAAAAAACCAAUAGGUACAACACAUCAAUCUCAAAUCAGUCCAGUUGGCAUGACUCUUGAGAGCAAUUUUUUUAGCAAAAAAAAGGGGGGGGGGGAGAGAGAUUAAAAAUACUAAUCCGAAGUCUGAAUGUUUUCACUACAUGAGCUGAUAUCAAUUUUAUCUUAGUAAAUUGCCUUAAUAUUGAAAGAGAUAAAUGCUAUCAUAAUUAGCAUAUUUAUGUUGCAUUAGCACUUUUCUGUAAUUUCCAUAUGUAAAUGCUCGCGUCGUUGAUGGUAGCCCUUAUCAGAAAAAUGAUGCCUUUUGUAACAUGUUAAUGAAAUUUGCAGUGGCCUUGCGCUGUGCUUGCAAUCUUCGUAUUGGUAAUUAGAUAUGAAAAUAAAUAUGUAUCUACUCCUAAGGGUUCUCACUGAUUUUGCUGAUUAUCAAGCUAUUUUUAAAACUCUGAAACUGUCUUUCAUUACUCAUUGCCCUGAAUGAAUAUAGUUAGUUACCAUGGUUACAGUACACUAAUUCCAACAUCAAUUAUGCAAAAAAAGAAAAUAUUUCAGAAUGUAUCUCGCCUUGUCAUAUCCUUUUUAUACAAACAUUGUAUUGCCUGGCGGUAUUGUUGUGUAAUGAUUAAAACGUCAUGAACAAAUUA